AUGGCGCCGACGAUGGCCCAUUCGGCCAGUUAUGGACAGGUCAUAGAGUACAUUCAAGAUCGAUUAUAUCUCGCCUCCUACACUCAAGCGCCCAACGAGCACACUCCAUUUCCCUAUCCUACAACGCAAGCAAAGAGAUCGCCACAUAAGAAGUCGUCGAGAGUCCAAAACACACCUUCAUCACCAGCUCUGCGCCCCCCACCUGUCUACUUCACAAUCGACGACACUCUCCUGUACAACGCUUUUCAUGCCGACUUUGGCCCGCUACACAUAGGCCAUCUCUACAGAUUUGCUGUUCAGUUUCACGAGAUCUUGGGUGACCCAGCGAAUAAUGACAAGGCUGUUGUUUUCUGGUCCAGAGCUGAUGCAAGAAGUCGUGCCAAUGCCGCAUGUUUGGUCGCGUGCUACAUGGUCCUGAUUCAAGCUUGGCCGCCUCACCUCGCUUUGGCCCCUAUUGCUCAAGCAGAUCCUCCCUAUAUGCCCUUCAGAGAUGCUGGCUACAGUCAAGCCGAUUUCAUUCUCAAUAUUCAAGAUGUUGUUUAUGGUGUGUGGAAGGCCAAGGAAGAGAACAUCUGCCAGUUGAAAGAAUUUAAUCUCGAAGAAUAUGAGCGCUACGAAAGAGUUGACAUGGGUGACUUCAACUGGGUUUCGCCCCAGUUUGUGGCUUUUGCAUCGCCACAGUCUGAGCCUGUCGCACCAAUUCCAGUCACCUCUCCAGCCUAUGAAACAUUACCAUCCUGCGUCCCCGAGAUUCAAGCUGCUAGGAUAAGUCAGCCUUUCAAGAACGUGCUCACUCACUUCGUCCAACGCGAUGUCGGUUUGGUUGUACGGCUCAACUCCGAGUUGUACUGUCCUACCUACUUCACCGCUCUCGGCAUCCAACACAUUGACAUGAUCUUCGAGGAUGGAACAUGUCCCGCUCUUCCUAUUGUGCGCAAAUUCAUCAAACUGGCCCAUGACAUGAUCGCCAAAAACAAAUCCAUCGCAGUCCAUUGCAAAGCCGGUCUUGGCCGUACUGGAUGUUUGAUUGGUGCAUAUCUCAUUUAUCGACACGGUUUUACUGCCAAUGAAGUCAUUGCCUUCAUGCGUUUCAUGCGACCAGGAAUGGUGGUCGGUCCUCAGCAACAUUGGCUGCAUUUGAACCAAGGUCAAUUCCGGGAAUGGUACCUUGAAGAUCAAUGGAAGGCCAAGAUGGAGUUGGCUAAGCCUUCUACUCCCCGAACAAUGUCAACGAAAACACCCAUGCGCAUUUCCAGUGGUGCCCAGACCGCAACUCCAAAUCGUUCCAGUGUGCAGAGAGCCGCUCUUGGAGAAAUUGAUGGUAACGAUGUCACAAAUGGUUCCUACCAAGAUGAAAACCUCCCUGCACCAACACCAGGUCAACCCAGAAAAUAUGCUCGUAUGGAUCCUAGAAACCAUCCUUAUGCGCGAUCAACAUCCAACUCCAUGCGUGUGAGUGGCUCAAAGAAUGAUGAGGCCCAUGUAUCAGAACAGGGCCAGAGCACUGGGGUGGACAGUGAAGAGGAAUUGAUUCUACAGAGGGCAGCUCUACGAAGAAGUCAAAGCCGAAGCCCCAGCAGUAAAGGAAAAGCCCGGAGUGUUUCAUACACCACUACGACGACAACAAUGACUAAGACGUUUGAUGUUGGCGAGUCAAUGGGUAUAUAUGAGGACGAGGCUGAGAUGAACUUCCAAAUGGAGGAUACCAACGCCAUCUGGGAUGAACUUGCUCAAGAACAAGAAAACUUGAAGCUCAGCACCAAGAGCGAGAAGGUACAUGUCGGAGGUAAACCAAAAACUCCACGAUCUGCCAGUGGUAUGGGAGCCAUGAGCGUUUCAAAAACGAGAUCUCUACGAGAAUCACCUCGACGAAGUGGUGCAGAGGACAAGACAAAGGUUCGCAAGACCAGUGGUCGGAUCGCAAGUGGAAGUCAUGGACCAGUGCCUGUCAAACGGUGA